AUGUGGAGAUUGGGAGUUGGUCUCGUCUUGACAGAAGCGGUGGAAGUUGUGGUGCCGUGUAGUGCCCCGUUCUGUCGCUUUCGUUGCAACGAUUUCCACAAUGAGACUUCGCGUCAAGUCUCUGGGUCUGAGUUUUGGCCAGAGCUAGCUCCGGUCAAAGUUGAGAAUGGGGAAGGUGCCUUGGUAUAUCCAAUCGGCUUUUCUAUCCCAGAGGAAGCUCUAGUCCCUUGCCUGCCAGAGAAGUACUGGCCCUUUGCGGUCUCUGAUGGAUCUGAUGGCAUGACUCCAGUUUGGGAGUACCAAUUUCAAUUUUACCAGGAAGCUGAGUAUCACCGGCAGUACCGCCACGCUUACUUUGGGAUUACUCGGAAGAAGUACGGAUACGAUUGCCUGCGCCACUAUGAGAUCAUUGCCAAUGGUGCAUUACCGCUUUUUCUUGGCCACCUGGACUUGCCAGAAAAAGCGGUGCCAUUUCUGCCACGAGACUUGCUCAAAGAAGCCUGGGAGUUGCUAGGGAACUGGAGCCUCCACAAGCUCAGGGCUAAGCGGGUAAACAUUGAUCAAGAGAAGUACUACACACUCUUGAGACGGAUGAUGACCUAUGCUCGGCAUCACUUGACUACGAAGGCCAUGGCGAAGUAUGUCCUUCAAACAGUCCGUCGUUACGACACCGCCACCGAAUCGGAGUUCAGAUGUCCCAAGAUCCUUUUCUUGGUUGGGAGGCCUGCUCCGGACUACCAAAGAGAUUUGAUCCUACAUGGCCUCAAGAAGCUUUGCGAUGAAGUGGUCGAUUUCCCCCGUGUCGAUCAUUUGUACAGUCCAAAUCCCAAGAUUAGGCCAGACCCAGUACAUGACAACUGGCAGAAGCGCAGAGGGCAGCUGUAUGGGAAUGGCUUCACCUAUGCCAUGACGCUAGACUUUGACUUGGGGCAAGUAGAUCGAGAUGGUAUUCUAGCAAAGAUUUUGGACCAUGCCUAUGACUUGGUGAUCUUUGGAAGUAUUUACCGAAAUCCAACCUUUUUUAGAGAGGUCCAAGAGGCCUAUGCGCCAAAGGACAUUGUUUUUAUUGAUGGCGAGGACCUGCAUCUCCGAGAUCCAGCAAAGCUGGCUCGGGUUGUGUGCCCUGAUCCCUCAAAGAUGGCGGGCGCACCACCUUUGCCGAUGGCCAGAGGUGCCACCGCCCCCGGGUCUGCCGCCGAACUUCGCUUCUCUGUCUCCGACUUCUUGAAGAUGGAAGGCCCUCCAGAGCCUCACCAUGUCUUGCUUCAUCAAGGUUUGCUGCAUCAAUGGGUGCCCGGAAUGCGUGUGACCUUUGUGUCUCAUCAGUGGUUGAGCGAGACGCACCCAGAUCCUGAUGGACGCCAUGCAGCUGUCUUACGUGGAACUCUUCAAGGAGUCCUGGACCGAUCCCUGAAGGUGGACUUGGAGGUGGCUCAUGAGGCUCAAGCGGAUUUCUUUCAAGCCUACGAGUAUGCUCGUCAACAGGUCCUUGAGGGCUACAUCUUCUUGGAUUGGUUCGCCAUUCCUCAGAUCACUGCCCGAGCAGCCGGAGUCAACGAGGACCAAACCAAGUCAGAUGCCGCACGGGCAGUCCAGAGCAUCCCAUUCUAUGUGGAGGUCUCCAACAUUUUCUUGGCAUUGGUUCCUGAAGUGACACACAGCACCACGAAGGUGUGCUGCAACUAUGCCUCUUGGCUGUCCCGAGGAUGGUGCCGAGCAGAGUUAUGGUGCCACUUGCUGUCCAACAAGCCUCAUACAGAAAGAGUAAUUGUCGUGUAUUCAGAGAAAGAGUCGCAGUGGAUGUUUCCUGCUGACUGGCAGGAGAACACUAUUGAUCAGGGUGAAUUCUCGGUGGAAAGCGAUCGCGAGGUUGUUGUGAAGCUUGGUGAGGCUGCAGUGGAGCACAAGAUCCAACAUCUUUCAGCCACAGGCAAAGCUUUUGCUUUUUGUGUUCUGAAACCAAUGAGUUGCAGAUGUUUUUUCAACAGCUUUUCAACCCUUUUCCCCCCAAGUCUCCAUCUAUUUCCAAGCAUUGAGGGUCUUUGA